CAUGUCUCGAGAGACCGGAGGUGAAGCGCAGCAGUCUCAAGGCGCCCAGCAGUCCCAGACUGGGACCAGUUCCUCUUCCAGUGGGUCCCAGGGGACCAGCCAGUCUUCCUCAAGCUCUGGGACCCUCAGUUCUUUGGACACCGUUCCCACUCAGGAGCUUCCCUCGAUCCCUGAGGACCAGGAACCUGAAGAGCUUGUUCCUCAGCCCUGGGGUCGACUCUUUGCCCUUGGGAAGGGUUUCAGCAAUUGCGACUGUGUGAACGAUGAGUACUGGUUUGGAAGAGACAAAAGCUGUGAUUAUAGCUUUUCUAAGCUGGGAUUGUCUGACACUGGCUUCUACCAAAACUACAGCAAGAAGCAUUUCCGAAUUUUCCGGGAAAUGGGUCCUAAAAAUUCCUACGUUGCCUACAUUGAAGACCACAGCGCAAAUGGGACUUUUGUUAAUCGAGAGCUGGUUGGCAAAGGGAAGAGGCUUCCGCUGACUCACAACUCUGAAAUUGCACUGUCUGUACAGACUAAUAAAGUGUUUGUAUUUUCUGAUCUGACGGUGGAUGAUCAGUUGGCGUUUCCCAGAGAAUUCAGAGAGAAAUACAUCAUGUCAAAGACUUUGGGAAGUGGUGCCUGCGGAGAAGUCAAACUGGCCUUUGAGAAGAGCACUUGUAACAAAGUUGCGGUGAAGAUAAUCAAUAAACGGAGGUUUAUAGCAAGUGGCAUUGGAGAGGCUAACCCAACUUUUAAUGUCAAUACAGAAAUUGAAAUUUUGAAGAAAAUAGAUCACCCUUGCUUAAUCAAGAUCAAAAACUUCUUUGAAGCUGAGGAUUACUACAUUGUUUUGGAACUGAUGGAAGGAGGAGAAUUGUACGACAGAGUGUCAAGGCCAAUCAAGAUGAAAGAAGCUACCUGCAAGUUGUAUUUUUAUCAGAUGCUGCUGGCUGUAAAGUAUCUUCAUGACAAUGGAAUUAUACACCGAGAUCUAAAGCCAGAGAAUGUGCUACUUUCAUCUUCUGAAGAGACGUGCCUUAUAAAGAUUACAGAUUUUGGACAAUCCAAGAUUCUUGGAGAAACUUCUCUUAUGAAAACAUUAUGUGGUACUCCCACGUAUCUUGCUCCUGAGGUUCUAAAUUCACUUGGGACUGCUGGAUACAGCCGAGCUGUGGACUGCUGGAGUUUAGGAGUUAUUCUUUUUGUAUGCUUGUGUGGAUACCCACCGUUUAAUGAGCAAAAUACCCAGCUGUCUCUGAAAGAUCAAAUCACUCGUGGGGAAUACACGUUCAUUUCAAAAGAGUGGAAGCAUGUAUCAGACGUGGCUCUGGAUCUUGUGAAAAAGCUGUUGGUAGUGGAUCCAAGCAAGCGUCUUACAACAGAGGAAGCCUUAGAGCAUCCUUGGCUUCAGGAUGAGGAUAUGAAAAGUACAUUUCAACAGCUGCUUGGUCGGACACAUGCCAGUAUGAACCCACCGCAGACAUCAAAAAUGCCAACCACAAGAAAGCGUCUCCAUGAAAAUGAGGAAGAAUCUGCCUCUUCUAAGCAUGCUGUGCCUUCCACGUCAUUCCAGAAAAUGAGAUGAGAACAGAGCGAGUGGCUUUUGUUAAUUACAGCUUUUUUAUGGAAAGCAACAUUUUUAUUUAAGAAAAACCUUAAUAAUGGAAUAACUGUUGAAGAUGCAAUUGCUAAAUAAAAUUAACUUUGUAAGGCUGAAG